CAUUUACAAAUUAGCGCGGAUGGGGUGUCUACUUGACAGGUGUGUCAGUGACACUUUUGUCAAAAAAUUCAUGUUUACAAUGGUUUUUUAACAUGUAAAUUUGCUAUGUCUACUUGUAGUUGUGCCAAAGUUUUGUGUAUAGUGAUAAUUUUCUUAAUAUGUUUAAUUUGUAUAAUAAAAUUUUUUCGUAAUUCACGUGCCGAGGAAAAUGCCACUCUUAUACCUUUAGAUCUGGAAGUGUGGUUGGAACAGAAUUCAUUUUCCAAAUAUAAACAACUUUUUAAAAACAAAGGUAUUUCACAACUUACGCAAUGUGGACAAGUAGAUAACCUACCAGAAUUACCAGCUCCAGAUGAACAGCGUCUACAGAAGGCCGCCGUUCUCCUUCAGCAGAGACUUGUGUUGCGGCAAUGGCUUGCGAAGUACAACUUACAGAACUACUAUCCCAGGCUGCUGACGCUGGAAGUGGUCAGCUUGGAGGAUGUGUACUGGUUGGAAGAUUCGAAAGCGCAGCAAGUGUUCACCAAAGAUUUUUCGCAAUGGUCGGCCGCACGUCAGUCGUUACCUAUCAAUAAACAACAUCUAGAUACCUUAAAGGCUGACCUUUGGUCGGAAGUUGUAAAGUCGAGCAAUCAUCAAGACGCGUGGACAUGGGGAGGAAUGCUUGUGGUCUCUGUAAGUAUCGCAGGGCUGGUCACCUUAGCUGCUAUGACUCAACCGUCUCUUGCACCCGAAGCGAAACAUUCCUUAUUACAAUACGUAACUGGAAAAUACCUAAUGCCCUCCAAUUGCAAGGUUGUGUUUCACUGGAGCGAUCCAUAUCCCGUAGGUCAAACUGUGUGUUUUGUAAUAUAUUUCUUUCAACGCAAUGGUCAGCCUUACCCCAUCUGUGAUACCGAUCAGCUUUCCAUUGACGUAUCGGAAGGUAGCAAAAAGAUGGCAAUCAUUACCGAACUCGGCUCGCCGACGGACCCCAACGGCGCGAACCUCGCCAAAGUUAAGUUUAUGGUUCGACACGCCGGCCAGUACGUUGUUACCGUAAUGGUCGGAUCUCAGCACGUCACCGGAAGUCCGUUCUUACGAAAUUUUACCGCCGGACCGAUCGACGCGCAACGGACUGUGGUGUUACGUUAUUGUAGCACUGUAAUUUGUACUGCGAACGUAGGGCAUGUUAUCUAUGUUGAACCCAGGGAUGAGUACAGUAAUGUGUGCCGUUUCUCAACGUCUGAUGAUCCAACGCAGGGCUUCACAGUGAACAUCACACAGUUGGGUAGCAGAUCGCACGAGUUUAAUUCCAGUACGCCCGAAGAACAGUACAUCAUCGUUUUAGAUUACGACUGGCAAAGCUUUCGUUUAACAUUUCAAAUAAAAUUCUUCUACGAGGGAUGCUAUCACGCCACAAUUUUCUAUAGGAAUAUGGAGUUGCACAACGGAGAUUUUGACAUAAUUGUACUUAACAGUAUCGACGCGACGCUGGUACAUAAAAAUAUCGCCUCGAAAAAUCACAACGUAUGCUACGAGGCCAAACUGCUAGGGAUCAACAUGGAGAAAUUAAUCAAACCGAAGAAGGUGCUCUGUUACGUAUCACCCAAACAACUUAUUGUCAAAGAGAUGAUUUUGAAAUUCAUUCCAAAACGCCUCUUUACAUUCAGGCUGUGUCCGUCCACAAAGUUUCAUUUCCUGCCAGAAAGUCCUACGAAAAUGGUGGAAGGUUUGGGGGGCACCUUUCUUAUUGACGACGGAUGCCAACCGAAAAUCGAACUGACUUCGAAAGAGCGCAACGUAAUCGCGGCCACUUUCACGAACUUCCUACUGAAAAAUAUGGGCGGAUCUGAAACCUUCCGCGACAAACAGGACUUUUUCUAUCACGAGGUUCGCAAAUAUCACCAAAAGCAUUACCACGAUAAGUUAUCAAUGAAAGCAAACCGAGAGAAGUUACUCGAGUCCAGCAUGAAAGUAACCAAAAGCUUUUCGGUAUCCGAUUGGUGUCGGAACUUCGAAAUUACCUUCCAAGGAGAGCAGGGCGUCGAUUGGGGAGGCGUCCGUCGCGAGUGGUUCGAGUUGAUUUGCUCUCAGCUGUUCGACUCACGCUUCGGGCUAUUCAAGAGCUUUUACGAGGGUCAACAGUCGUUGGUGCACCCAAACUCGCAUCGACCGUCACAUUUAAAGCUGCGUCACUUCGAAUUCGCGGGCCGCAUUGUCGGCAAAUGCCUUUACGAAAGCGCCCUCGGUGGCUCGUACCGGCAGCUGGUCAGGGCGAGGUUCACUCGAUCUUUUCUCGCUCAGGUCAUCGGUUUACGUGUUCAUUACAAGUACUUCGAACAGGACGAUCCCGAUCUGUAUCUGACAAAGAUAAAGUAUCUUUUGGAGAAUGACAUCGACUGUAUUGAUACGGAAUUAUAUUUCGUCGAGGAGGAGUAUGACGGAGGAGGGCAGUUGUUAAAAACGGUCGAGCUCGUGCCUAGUGGAGCGAAAAUAAAAGUUACUAACGUCACCAAACAUCGAUAUUUGGAUGCUUUAGCUCAAUUUCGACUCGCCACAAGCGUGCGAGACGAAGUUGAUGCAUUUCUGAAAGGCCUUAACGAGCUGAUACCCGACAAUCUAUUAAGUAUUUUUGACGAAAAUGAAUUAGAGCUGCUACUAUGUGGAACCGGUCACUAUUCCAUAGCGGACUUCAAAGCGAACCACGUCAUAAACGGAAAUUCGGUGGAGUUUCGCCGCAUCGUCGGCUGGUUCUGGGCGGCCGUCUCCAACUUCACGCAGGAGGAAAUGGCGCGCCUGCUGCAAUUCACAACCGGCUGCUCGCAGUUGCCUCCCGGCGGCUUCAAAGAGCUCAGUCCUCGAUUUCAAAUUACGGCCGCGCCCACUUUCGGCAAUCUACCGACCGCCCACACUUGCUUCAAUCAACUGUGUCUGCCCGACUACGACAGCUACGAGCAGUUCGAAAAAUGCCUCCUCUUGGCGAUCAGCGAAGGGACCGAGGGAUUCGGCAUGGUCUGAUACUCGAGCUGUCAUUAUCGCUUCAAAUUUCUUCGAAACAAUAGGUAUAAUGGUAGGGGACCACACUUCAAUAUCAAAAAAAAAAAUUGUUGGGGCUAUAACUUAGGUAGUAACGACAAUAGAUGAAAGCCUUAUAUAAUGCCUAGCAUUUACAUUAAAAGACGACUAGUUCAGGCUGUUUAUUUCAAAGUAGGUUAGAGUUGACAAAAAAUAAGCGUGUUCCAAGAAAAACUUAAUAAUGCUUUACAAUUUUUCUAUUUUGCUUCAGAGAGCAGUCAAUUAUUUGUGCGUGUCAAAUGAACAAUUGUAAACGUUCCUUUAAGCUGUUAAAUAAUGUUAGUUUCUUAAAUAGACUAUCUAUAAGACGUAUAGUUUAUCAGGAUCAUGUGUGAUAUUCUAGUUUUACUUUCCAUUUGUAUAUUGUUACUAGUGAAUGCAAAUAUUGUUAAUUAUUUAUUGUUGCACUUUCGCAUUUCA